CAAAAGUUAAAGCUAAGAGUUGUAAGAAAUGAGUAAUAAAGAAAAAUCCCUAUUGGAUCUUCCAUCUCCAAUCUUAUUACAAAUUCUCUCAACAUUACCUCCUACCACACUCUUAUACGUCAAAAUCGUCUCCAAAACUCUUCUAAACCUAAUCUUAGAUUCCGAAUUUUUAAAAUUGUCACGUUCAGUAUCUCCAGCUACCAUUAUCAUCCACCAAUUUAACUCUAAUAGGACCAACACGUUAAAGAUUUUGAAAUUCGCAGUCGAUUAUAACUUUGAUCAUGAUUCAAAUGUUCACCUUGAUCUGCAACUUUACUUUCCUGUUGAUCUAGUUUUCCUAGUUGGAUCUGUUCAUGGAUUUGUCUGUUUUAAUUACUUUUUCGGUAAUGUUGAUGGUAUUUACAUCCUCAAUCCAACAACAAGAGAAUAUAUCAUCCUUCCUGAACCACAACGGGUAAGAAAGUGGCCUAAUUUAGUUACUUAUGGCUUUGGUUUCGAUCCUGUUAGGUUCGAGUACAAAGUGGUCAGAAUUUACCAAGAGGAGAUUCGCGAUAGUGAUACUAAUGGUUUUCGUUAUUAUAAGUCUGAAGCACAAUUUUACACAAUUGGGAAAUGGUAUUGGAGAAGUAGUGUAGAACAUGUCAUGUUCUGUUUUGGAUGCAGGGCAUAUGGGGUGAAUCUAUAUGGAAGGAUUCAUUGGUUGGUUUCUGAUGCUAAUGGAAAUGAGUUAAUAUGUUCGUUUAAUUUGGAGAAUGACUUGUUUGAAUCAUUCCCAACUGCUCCAGGUUACACAUGACUUGUUUAUGUGUGUGUGAUAAUAAUGCGGAUACUCAUUUUG